AUGAGGAGCUUUGUUAUCCCGUACGGCGAAGACUGGCAGGACCCGGAACUGACCUUUUCAAAGCUACGAGGUUUGCGCACGACGAUCCCUAGAAUGAUGGAACCACUAUCGGCCAAGCAACCAACCCACUCGGUGGCCGCGGCUAAGAAGGAGGUUCAAGACUUCCAGGACUUUCGAAAGAGCGACGAGAUAACCAAGAUCAUGGACCACGCCGCCAAACGCCGGAAAGAAGAGCCCAACGGUAUCAAAGCUUGGAGAACAACAGAUCAUCCCGACUGGACGACGACGACGACGACGACGACGACAGACUCGUAG